CGACUCCCCGCCACGAAGCCCUAAUGCCUAAUCGGGAACGCGUCCAGCCCAAUCCAUUCCAACUUGCAACGCGUUUUCCCUCCAUUGAAAGUGAAAUUAAGACAACUCCAACUUGGGCAACUUUUCAAUCCUCGCCAUUGCAGCGACGCAUUCCUUCACUCAUACGUGUCGCACAGUGAUUCGGCAACGCAAUUAUACCCUCUUUUCCUCGUGCGGGAGGAGGUGUGGAUCCCCUAGCUGAAGAUGUAUAUCAAACAGAUCAUCAUUCAGGGCUUCAAGAGCUACAAAGAUCAAACGGUGAUCGAACCGUUCUCCCCGAAACACAAUGUUAUCGUUGGACGUAACGGAUCCGGGAAGAGUAACUUCUUCGCCGCGAUUCGAUUCGUACUUAGUGACGCAUAUACUCAUAUGGGGAGGGAGGAACGGCAGGCUCUGCUACAUGAGGGCUCUGGUUCCGCGGUGAUGUCAGCCUACGUUGAAAUCAUUUUCGAUAACUCCGACGAACGAUUCCCUACUGGCAGAAAAGAACUAAUACUGCGGCGGACCAUUGGCACAAAGAAGGAUGAAUAUACCCUAGAUCGAAAAAAUGCAACCAAAGCUGAUGUGAUGAACUUGCUUGAGUCGGCUGGCUUCUCUCGAUCGAACCCUUACUACAUCGUUCCGCAAGGUCGCGUCACGACUCUGACUAAUAUGAAAGAUUCAGAGCGUUUAGUUCUUUUGAAAGAGGUGGCGGGCACGCAGGUAUAUGAGGCGCGUCGCGCGGAAUCAUUGAAGAUCAUGAAUGAGACGAACAAUAAGAGGGCGAAAAUCGACGAGUCGCUAGACUAUAUUAACGAGCGGCUUGCGGAGCUUGAAGAGGAGAAGGAUGAACUAAAGAACUAUCAAGAGAAAGACAGAGAACGUCGCUGCCUCGAAUAUACGAUUUAUUCACGGGAGCAGGCUGAAAUUGCCUCUGUUCUCGAGAGUAUUGAAGGCCAGCGCCAAACAGGAGUUGAAGACACAGAUGCGAAUCGCAACAGAUUUAUUCAAGGCGAGAAUGAUAUCGCACAGAUAGAUGCGGAGAUAUCCGAGUUGAAACAGUCAAUGGAACUUCUUAAAGUGGAAAAAGCCCAGAUGGAGGAGGAUCGUCGAGAUGUUUCGCGAGCGCUGGCACAGGCUGAACUACAGGCCAAAUCCCUCUCCGAGGGGCAAUCAGCCGCGCAACGAGCCAAAGCCCGCCGUGAUGCGAAUUUGAAGGCAGUCCAAACAGCUAUAAAGGAGCGAGAGAAAGAACUCAGCAAGCUCCUCCCAGAGUUCGAAGCAAAGAAACAACAGGAAGAAACCGUGAAAGCAAAGCUGGACGAAGCAGAAACCGCGCGGCAACGUCUCUACGCAAAGCAAGGCCGCAAUUCCAAAUUUAGAAAUAAGGCGGAACGAGAUAAGUGGCUCCAACGGGAAAUUCAGGAUACCUAUAUGUCACUUUCAACAGUCAAAGCUGUAAGAAUGCAAACAGAAGAAGAAAUCAAGGGGCUUGAAAACGAUAUUGCUCUCCUGGAACCUGAGGCCGAAAGAUUGCGUAAGCAGCUUGAUGGUAGAGGUGAUGCUAUUCAAUCGAUGGAGCAGGAGGUGCAGGGUGCAAAGGAUGAGAGAGAUCGAUUAAUGGACCAGAGGAAAGAGUUGUGGAGAGAAGAAGCGCGUCUCGACUCAAUAAUAUCAAAUGCCUCGCAAGAGUUAGACCGUGCGGAAAGAAACCUAUCUCAUAUGAUGGAUCAUAAUACAAGUCGCGGACUUGCCGCUGUCCGUCGGAUUAAAAGACAACUUAACCUUGAAGGUGUCUAUGGUACUGUUGCUGAGCUUCUUGACGUGAAUGAAAGAUACCGCACUGCUGUGGAAGUUACUGCGGGCCAGAGCCUUUUUCAUUAUGUUGUCGACACAGAUGAAACUGCUACGAAGGUGUUGGAUGUUCUCCAAAAGGAAAAGUUGGGACGAGUCACAUUUAUGCCACUGAACCGGCUGAAACCUAAACCCGCAAAUGUUCCGCGCGCCAGCGACACUAUACCAAUUAUCGAAAAGCUGGUGUACGACAAAGCAUAUGAAAAAGCCUUCCAGCAAGUUUUUGGCAAGACUAUCAUUUGCCCCAACCUUCAAGUUGCCGCACAGUACGCUCGAAGCCACGGUAUCAAUGCCAUUACCCCGGAAGGCGAUCGGUCUGACAAGCGUGGUGCAUUGACUGGUGGUUUCCACGACUCUCGCCAAUCCCGCCUCGAGGGCCUGAAGGUUGUUAGCAAAUGGCGAGAUGAGGUUGAAUCCAAGCGGAACCGAGGUAUCGAGAUCAGGAGGGAGCUUGAGAAGAUGGAUCAAUUGAUCACCAAAGCCGUAGGCGAACUACAGAAGCUGGAACAGCGGAGACAACAAUUCCAUGGGAGUAACAUCCCGCUACGACAAGAGAUUAAGAGCAAGCGCGACAUGCUUCAGAACAAGACGGAAACUCUGGAAGCAAAACGACGUGCCCUCCGGAACAUGGAAGCCAAUGUUAAGGCACUGGGUGAUCAAAUAUCUGCACAUGAAGAAGAAUUGUCUACGCACUUUGAGAAAGCUCUAACAAAUGUUGAGGAGGCCAGACUUGAUUCUCUCAAUUCGACUGUCCAGGAAUUAAGAAGUCAGCAUUCAGAGCUAUCCAGCAGUCGCAGCGAACUCGAAACCAGAAAAUCAGUCAUUGAAGUUGAGUUACGUGAAAACUUGAACCCGAAACUAGACCAACUUAUUGGCCACGAGCUUGAAGCUGGUGAUGAAGGCACACAUGGGAAUCUCAAGGAGAGUCAACGGGAAAUUGAGCGCCUGAACAAAUCCCUUGGCUCGCUCGAUCGCCGUCUCAGGAAGCUGGAAGAAUCGAUGGAAAAGGGAUCAGCUGAAAUGGCCCAGUUAGAGCAGCGCAAGGCCGAUGUCAAACGAGACAUGGAAGACCUAGCUAAAUCUAUUGAAAAGCAUCAACGACGUAUGGAGAAGAGCAUGCAGAAGAAAGCGGCGCUGACGAAGCAAGCAGCCGAAUGCAGUGCAAACAUCCGUGAUCUUGGCGUCCUCCCUGAUGAUGCAUUUACCAAAUUCAAGAAUACCGACUCCAAUACGGUUGUCAAACGCCUGCACAAAGUCAACGAAGCGCUGAAGAAAUACUCACAUGUCAACAAACAAGCCUUUGAACAAUACAACGGCUUCACAAAACAGCGAGAAACCCUGACAAAGAGACGAGAGGAGCUCGACUCUUCUCAAAAAUCAAUUGAAGAGCUGAUCACAGUUUUAGAUCAUCGCAAGGAUGCAGCCAUCGAACUGACCUUCAAGCAAGUAUCCCGUGAGUUUGCUCAAAUUUUCGAGAAACUUGUCCCAGCAGGCCGAGGUCGGUUGAUCAUCCAGCGCAAGACAGAUCGGGCACAGCAACUAGGGAAUGAACUAGACUCUGAUGAAGAGGAGGAACGGAGCAGCGUGGAAAACUACGUUGGUGUAGGCAUCAGCGUGAGUUUUAACAGCAAGCAUGACGACCAACAGCGCAUCCAACAACUCAGCGGAGGACAAAAGAGUCUUUGCGCUUUGGCCCUCGUUUUUGCCAUCCAAGCUUGUGACCCCGCUCCCUUCUAUCUCUUCGAUGAGAUCGAUGCAAACCUCGACGCACAGUACCGGACCGCUGUCGCGCAGAUGCUCAAGUCAAUAUCUGAAGAGACUAACGGCCAAUUUAUCUGCACGACAUUCCGACCGGAGAUGCUUCUCGUUGCGGAGAAGUGCUAUGGCGUUAGUUUCCGCAAUAAAGCUAGUACCAUAGAUGUGGUGUCGAGGGACGAAGCAUUAAAGUUCGUAGAGGAGCAGAAGUCAUAAGAAAGACCUAUAUAUGUUCUGUCAUCGAAUGCCUCGGCUAAGUUCAUACUCCCAUAUGCGUUUAUUUUCUCAUGUUUUUCCUUGUUUGUGGAUGGCUUGGAGUUCCGGUCAGAUCGGAUUUUCGUUUCUAUGGCUACGGUGCGAUGGUUUUAUUUGCCUGCUAUGGUUUUGCUUCUCCGAUGUUGAUCUCUUGAUUAUUUACUUCGUUUCUAGUCGUAGUCGCCUUCUUAACUAAGGUUCGUGGCUUAUUCUCAGUGAUUGUCAAUGUGCCCUCUUGUUUCCACUGGGACUCAUUUCAUCCUUUGCUUUAGUUAUUCCUCAGCGCCUUUUUUAUUUUUAUUUUUAUUUUUUAUUCUUUCUCCCCUAAUGUCAGUGUAAUUUAUUUCUCGAUAAGAACUGGAAUGAAUUUAUGCAUAACUUAGGUUAUUUUCUCUUUUCGUAUCAAUUCUAUAGUUCUAAGCGUGAGAAAAUCAUUAACAUGAUCAGAAGAUAUGUCGAUAUAUCUUCGCAACUUUUUCUUUUUUUUUUUUUUUUUUGGAUAUAUAGUAUAUAUUCGUAUAAAAUCCAUCCAAGGCUUGUUGUCGAGCGACAUGGAAUAUCAGAAAUCGCUCAAAUCGAGCCGAUAGUGACAAAUAAUAACGCGAAAGCAGCGCAAUACUAGCUGGUAGCUGGUAAACAAUGCUAGGAUACCUCAAUAUCAUCGGAUUCAAUCCGAGGUCUGUCAAAUCGGACAGCACGAGACUGUUCCCCAGUCCACUCGACAAUAAUCUCAUCAGGGACGCCCCGAACCACAACAUGAACAUGCUCAAGCGAUCUCACGCUCUGCAGGGCUGUCCAAUUCUUGAACCACAGAACCCUAUCGUCGGCGUCCGGAAAGAGCUUCUCCAGCCUAGCAACAAAAGUCCGGUUGACAAAAUCGUUAAUGAGGGUGCGCGAUUCGUCAGUCAAAUCCCCGUUGUCUUCCCUAACAGGAAUGCUGUUUUUGAGCCAUAUCACUAUAUGAGUGAGUUCCGGCGAGACGCCGUAGGGCCAGUCAUUCCGCAGGAUCCUGUAAUCACUGGGAUCCGCGAAGGGGACUGGGUUUCGGCACUGCGAAGCGAGAGGAACGGAACCAUCGAGCUGCCAUUUCAGCCGCUCCUGGAGGAUGUAAUUUGUUAUCGUCCCGUACCGCGCCUUGAUGUUUGUGGUCCAGGCGAUGUAGCGCUUCAGCUCACUUGGCUUGCGCCGAAAGGCUUCGAGGUUAUUGGAGGCUACUCUGAGUUAGCGGGGAUGGGCAUUUCCUUAAUCGUACUUUUCUGAGUUCUGAAUUUUAUAGUUUGGUGGCAGCAGCGGCUACGGACCUAUGAUUCUCUUGAUCUCAUCCCAAUCGUGAUGGAUGAACAUCUCAUCCGUCUGCGACAGGACCUGACGAUCAACGUCGGUGAGAUUGAAGGGCAGAUUAUUGGGCUGCGGUUGCAGGUCUCCCAUAUUUGCUAGCAGCGGUAGGAGAAAUACAGACGUUUUUGCCCAGUUGAUCUCUAAUUGAAAUGGGCAAAGCAACGAAAGGAAUAGGGCAGGGGCCGAAAGGGACAGAGCCGCUAACAGGAUAUUCGCAUUUGGGCCCUGGUGCGUGUUCCGAUGUGUCUGGAUAGGGUUAUGAUUGACCCUUACUUAACCUUGAGGUUAAAUUUUCUAACAAUGACAAUUCCGGGAUCAUUCAA